GGCGGCGGCGGCGGCGGCAGAAGCGCCCGACCCCCCGCCCCCCUCGCCCUCGGCCGGCCGGGGCUCCCCCGAGUGCAUGGGCGCGGGCCGGGCGGGCCCCGGGGGCUGAGCGGCCGCGCCGCCUCCGCGCCCCGAGCCCCGCGCCAUGGAGGGCGCUGAGCCCCGCGCGCGGCCCGAGCGCCUGGCCGAGGCCGAGGCGCGGGCGCCCGACGGCGGGCGCUUGGUGGAGGUGCAGCUGAGCGGCGGCGCCCCGUGGGGCUUCACCCUGAAGGGCGGCCGGGAGCACGGCGAGCCGCUGGUCAUCACCAAGAUUGAAGAAGGAAGUAAAGCUGCGGCGGUGGACAAGUUACUGGCUGGGGAUGAGAUCGUCGGCAUCAACGACAUCGGACUCUCAGGGUUUAGACAGGAAGCGAUUUGCCUGGUGAAGGGGUCUCAUAAAACCCUAAAGCUGGUAGUGAAACGGAAGAAUGAGGUGAGCUGGAGGCCUCACUCCUGGCAUGCCACCAAGUUCUCCGAUAGCCACCCAGAAACGUCAGCGUCUCCGUUCCCCUCUGCCAGCGCCUGCCCUUCUUGGCACAGCCGACAGCUCACAAGCUCUUCCUCUCAUGACCUGUCUGGCACGUGGGAGCACACGAAUCUGCAGCGUACCUCUGACCAUUUUAGCUCCCUUGGGAGUGUCGACAGCCUGGACCAGCCUUCCCAGACCUACCCCUCCGGACGCCUCUCUGCCGCCAAGUCCAACAGCAGCAUUGACCACCUGGGCAGCCAGAGCAAGCGGGACUCGGCUUACGGCUCAUUCUCCACCAGCUCCAGCACGCCUGACCACACCUUGCCCAAGGCUGAUGCCUCCUCUGCAGAGAACAUCCUCUACAAAGUGGGCCUUUGGGAGGCCUCUAAGCCAGCCGGCAGCCGGCAGGGCCAGGCUGCCAGCGAUCCUCAGGGCCUGGAGGAGAGGCUUGGGUAUUUCCCACCCCGGGUGCCCUGUGAGAGCAGCAAAAGCCCCAGGCCAGAGGACAGUCCUGAGGCCAAGCUGGCUGCUUCUGGGAGGUCAAAUUUUGGGCCAGUCUGGUAUAUCCCUGAUAAGAAAAAAGCACCUUCAUCCCCUCCUCCUCCUCCUCCCCCUCUCCGUAGCGACAGCUUCGCUGCCACCAAGAGCCACGAGAAGGCCCAGGGCCCUCCAUUCUCAGAGAUGACCAACGUGCAGCACUUUCCAGGCAUGACCCGUGCCCAGCCCCGCAGUGACUGGAGACCUGAACCCACCGAUCAGCAGUGGAGGUUGGUGCGUCCCAGCAACGGGAAAAGAGCUGGGAGCUCGGGCUGUGCACCAGAUGUCCCCCUGGACUGUGGAGUGCUGCCCUCUGACCACAGGACAGGCGGCCUCCCAGGGGUCCCCGGCCGGCUCCAGUCCUCUCUGUCCAGCACAGAUGUACGUUUCCUGCAGUCCUAUGGCUGCCAGCACCCACGCCAGUACAGUGACGAGAGUCCCUUUUGUCACGAGGUCCCCAGGGCCGGCACGUUGCUGAGGGAGCAGCCCCGUGUCGCCAUCCCUGGGGGCCGCCAGGAGCCUUCUGCUAACCCUUUCCAGGAUGACAGCCCCACUCAGGUCAGAUGGCCCAGUGCCACCAACCAGAAGGGGGACAGUGGUGGGCAGAGCCGCUACUACUGUGUGACCACCAGACAGUGCCUUCAGGGAAGCACACAGGCAGCGCAGCUCCACGAGGAUUACUGGCAUCCUGACGUGGCACCAGGUGCCCCUGAACACCCUACCACACACCCGAUGGGCCAGAAAGCCCGGUGUUACCUGCCUCAGCACGAGGAGGCCCUGGACGCCCAUGAGAGAGACAGGGGUGACCCGGUGGACAGAGCAGCAGAGGGCCGCUCCACUGGAAGUGAAGAACCGCAAAGAGCCAGCCACAGCGAGAAAGCCUGUCUGAAGAAAACUGCAGAUGACUUCAUGUGGGCUGACGGAGAAAGCAGCAAAAUCUCUCGUCAGAAGACCCCUAUGUUGCACUCGCUGGCCCAGGAGGGGACGUGCCGGCCCGAGAAUGGCCAAGACGGUGGUACGGAAAGGCCGCCACCAUUUGAUGCCCAGGUGGGCAAACCGACACGGAGAAGUGACCGGUUCGCCACCACUCUGAGGAACGAGAUCCAGAUGCGACGAGCCAAGCUUCAGAAAAGCAAAAGCACGGUGACGCUGACUGGAAGCGGUGAUGCGGCUGAGGAGGCCGGCAGCUGGAGGGCGGAGCGGGGAGGGGCCACCAGUGCCACCCCAGAAGGUUCCUUCACGGGCACGUAUAAAGACCACCUGAAGGAGGCCCAGGCCCGGGUCCUGAGGGCCACGUCGUUUAAGCGCCGUGACUUGGACCCCAGCCCAGCUGAUCAUCAUGCAGGGUCACCAGAGCACCGGGCUGAGGAGCACAGCGCAGAUCCAGACACCGCCCCCCACUUCUGGGAGGGGGGCCUGGCCAAGCUGCCCCCAUCCGGAGGUGGCAUGCCGCACGUUCUCCGCAUUGGAGGCCGGAAACGGUUCACAGUGGAGCAGAAACUGAAAUCCUACUCUGAACCAGAGAAAAUGAACGAGGUGGGGCUCUCAGGGGAUUAUCGCCCUCACCAGCACCCUGAUGCAUCCGAGGAGACCGUGGUGGGCACAUUCGCCGACAGGUGGAAGUUUUUUGAGGAAACAAGCCGACCCAUUCACCAGAGACCUGGGCAGAGGCAGGCGCUGUGUGGCUUCCCGAAAGAGAGGCUGGAGAGGCCGCAGACAGCAGGCCAUGGGUACGAGGGUGCAGAGCCUUCAUUCCAGAAGAGGCCCCGUACUACCUCCUUUGGAGAAAACCCCAGUGGUCCCAGAAGAGCGGGGAAGGUGGGAAAACUGGAACCGCCUCAGCGACUUGGAACCUUUGCUGAAUAUCAAGCCUCUUGGAGGGAACAGAGGAGAGCCCUAGAAGCCAGGAGUUCCGGGAGGUAUCACUCAGCAGAUGACAUCUUGGACGCGGGCCUGGAUCAACACGAGAGGCCGCAGUACAUUCACGGGAGGUCCCGGUCAUCACCAUCCACAGACCUCUACAAACAGGAAGCUGCCAUCGAACCACAACAGCAAGUGGGGGACCCUGGUGAGCGCAGAGAACUUUCCUCCACAGUCUGGGCCGAGGAGGGACAUCCCAGUCUGAGACAAGCAGAUGCCCAGUGUCCAGAAGACAGUACAACAGCACAGCAGGACUUCCAGAAGCCAUCCCAGCCCCCUAAGCCAUCUCCCGCCUGGGAAGCUCCAAAGGUGCCCCAGGAGGCCCGCAGCCGAGCGGGGACUCUACCUCGAGAUUACAGAUACCCAGAGGAGACGCUCCGCCCAGGACCACAAGUACAGAGUGCCCCCUCAGCCCUCCACACUCGAGGGCAGGACCCAAGGCCUGUGAACACUACACCACUCACCAAGAAGCCAGCCCCACAGAGGCCGCCACCGCCCAAACGUGAACCCAGGCCAUUCAGGGGCCUGGCUGGUGGCACACCUGUGGCCACUCACCUAGGAGCCCCCAGCAAGUCCCUUCCACCACCGUCCCCAGAGGCCCUGGAGGCGUGUGUGGACCGCUUGUCUCUCUCCCACAUCCCCUGUGCCUCGGUGGAGAAGCUGAGCAGCACCCAGCCUGAAGACAGUUUGAGGGCCGCUGGUGAGCACAGCAGGCAACAUGUAGAUGAGCACACAGCCUGUCCUAAGCGUGAAGCCCUGCUCCCCUCCAGAUUCCGGCCCCUGCACAUGUCCACCAUGGAGACCUCACGCUCACCUUCUCCUCAGUUCGCUCCCCAGAAGCUGACAGACAAACCUCCCCUGCUCAUCCAGGAUGAGAAUUCCACAAGAAUUGAGCGGGUGAUCGAUAACAAUACCACGGUGAAGAUGGUGCCCAUCAAGAUUGUGCACUCGGAGAGCCAGCCUGAGAAGGAGAGCCGCCAGGGCCUGGCCCGCACCGCCGAGCUGCCCGCGCUGCCCAGCGGGCUGGAGAGAGACCAGAUCAAGACGCUCAGCACGUCGGAGCAGUCCUACUCACGCUUCUGCGUGUACAGCCGCCAGGGCACUGAGCCCGAGCCGCAGCCGCCCAGCACCCCAGUGCCCCCCACCAAGGACAGCGGGGCCUCUCCUUCGGGGCUCAGCUACGUGAAGGCCAAAGAGAGGACAGCUGAAGACCUCAAGUCAGAAGAGCUGGCCCGGGAGAUUGUGGGGAAGGAUAAGUCCCUGGCCGAUAUCCUGGACCCCAGUGUGAAGAUCAGAACCACCAUGGACCUGAUGGAGGGGAUCUUCCCCAAAGACGAGCACCUCCUGGAGGAAGCCCAGCAGCGGAGGAAGCUGCUCCCCAAAAUCCCCUCUCCUAAAACCACAGAGGAGAAGAAAGAGGAGCCAAGCGUGCCAGUGGCCUUGUCCCUUGCUACCAGUUCCACCUAUUACAGUACAUCGGCCCCCAAGGCUGAGUUGCUGAUUAAGAUGAAGGACCUACAGCAACAGCAGGAGCCAGAAGAGGAUUCGGGGAGCGACUUGGACCAUGACUUAUCGGUGAAGAAGCAGGAACUCAUUGAGAGCAUCAGUCGCAAGCUGCAAGUGCUUCGGGAAGCCCGGGAGAGCCUGCUGGAAGACAUCCAAGCCAACAGCGCCCUUGGGGACGAGGUGGAGGCCAUUGCCAAAGAUGUCUGCAAACCCAACGAGUUCGACAAGUUCCGCAUGUUCAUUGGGGACCUGGAGAAAGUGGUCAACCUUCUGCUGUCGCUGUCCGGCCGCCUGGCCCGAGUGGAGAAUGCCCUCAAUAAUUUGGACGACAGUACUUCUCCUGGUGAUCGGCAAUCGCUGCUCGAGAAGCAACGGGUUCUCAUCCAACAGCACGAGGAUGCCAAGGAACUGAAGGAGAACCUGGACCGCCGGGAGCGCAUCGUGUUCGACAUCCUGGCCAGCUAUCUCAGCGAGGAGAGCCUGGCGGACUAUGAGCAUUUUGUGAAGAUGAAGUCCGCCCUCAUCAUCGAGCAGCGGGAGCUGGAAGAUAAGAUACACCUGGGUGAAGAGCAGCUGAAGUGCUUGUUCGACAGCCUUCAGCCCGAAAGAGGCAAAUAGGAGGCCCGUCCCUGGCAGCAGACAGGAACUGGCCCUCGGAGCUCCGUUCCUGAGGAUGCAAGUAGAAACCUCAGCCUGUAUUUAUCUCCUGUAGGGCAAAUCCUCUGGUAGCAAAAUGGCUCUUAGGAAAGCAAUAACUUCCAUGUAUGUUUGCAAUGAUUUAUUUAAUUUUUUAGUUUUCCUUUUGAAUGCUGAGCAGAAUGUCUCACUGGUAGCCAUUCUCCUUUGCAAGUUAGCACACGUGGCACCAGGCUCCGGUGGACGGCAACUCUCCACAGUCUAGACUGUGGGCUCCACUCACGCCAUGCAUGCGAGUGGUUAUAGUCACUGCUAGGUCUGCCCUUCCUCCCAUCCACUCGGGAAGCGGCCCCGCUGGGUGGGGUGCGUGAGACGGGAAGCCCUGGUGCACAUCUUACUCUGUGAUUCGUCCAAAGCAUGGGCUGCCAUGUUUUAUCCCUCUUCGUCCAAUGGUGUGGAGUGUUUGUUGUCCCUCAUUCAUUGUCCACCAGCAAAAAUCAUGAUGAUAGGAUGGUAAUUUAUUAACAUUUAGGAAAAGUGAAUAGUUUCCGAGUAGUUAAAAACCCAGCUGUGAAAUGAAUAACCUGCAUGUUGGGUUCACUCAUUCUAAAACCGCCACUGAAAGAAACAGUCUGCAUGCUUUAAAACACACCCACAGAACAAAUAGCUUUAGUACUGACGUUAUGGCCCAAGGGAUGUUUUUUUCUGCAGAGUGAAAUUGCUUGGUUAAUCGUAGGUCCAGUAGUGUUAUGUGCUUGCUAGACAUUCGUUUCAUGAGACCAAUAGUGUGUUUCCGAAAUUACUUUUUCCCCAAAACAAUUCUUUUGUUGCAUAUGGUUGUUAACGAUAAUCGGCUACUUGUCUCUUUUUGCCUCCUUAAAUCUGCUACCUUGCUAUAAGGGUCCUAUGUAUUUGCUUAUAAGAACCUUUCCUCUGGCUUUUCAGAGGUCCUAUGAACUAGACAACCCCUAAAGUUGAUCUUUUUCUGCCCAUUUUAUUGGUUGAAAUUGCAAGAUUCUAAAGAGAGUCUGUGCAGUAGGAAAACACUGUCGUGCUGUCGGUUUCCAGUGGACAAGUCACAGACUGGGAGAAAAGACUUGCCAAUCAUGUAUGUGACAAAGGAUCUAGAUCCAGAGCACAUAAAGAACUUUGAGAACUCAACAGUAAGAGAACAAACAGCCCAGUUAGAAACGUGGGCAAGAGACUUACCUUGGCACUUCACCAAAGAGGAUAUGUGCAUGGCAAACAAGCAUGUGGGAAGAUGUUCAACCACCAGUGGCUUGGUUAUGACUCAUUUUUUAUCUACGUCGUUGCAGACCUAAUGUGUGCUCGUUCACAGAUGCUCAUCUGAUUCAAUGCCUGGUAAAUGGCAGGAGAACCCCUUGGGUGAAUUCGUAUUGAGCUGAUAUCCAGACAUUUGUUUGAUGGAAGGAUCGUUUAGAUCCUCAUUGCCCCCUAUUCCCACAAAAGUCUGCCAACAGGUAGGGAGAUGUAUGUCCCUUUGUCAGCAGUGACCAUUGCCUUACCAAAACACACGUGCACAUGAAUGUCUUAACUGACUGAUGUCUAUACUUCCUGAGCCAGAGAGGGUGAGCUGGACUCCUGAGCCACAGCAUGGAUGUCUGUGCACCCGGGGGAGGGGUCCCAACUGGCAAGCUUCAGUAAUGCAGGCAAUAAACACUCUUUUUGGCAACCCAGCCAUGCCAAAAAGAUAAAUGCCUUUUCACAGGUUUUCAUUCCUCUUAAAUUAAGCUAUUUCUAUCUGACUUGAAAAAUUCCCCUUCCUGCCAAUGAAGUGUCCUCCUUCCCUCCUGGUGCAGUCCCUUGCUGUGAAAACUGGUCACUUCAGAAAAGGUGAAGCUGGCUGUCCACGGACCUCCAUCGUUCUCCCUCAGGGGGACAACCACAGUAGUUUGAGUGUAGUUUGCUUUUAAUUUAGACAAAGCUUUUAUCUGUGAUUCUUUCCCCUCAAAUACAGUAUUGUGAAUCAUUUUGAUGAUCAAUAUGUAAAAUGUGAAUAAUAGAAUUUAUGUGUCUGGAUCCAGCCUUUUGAGGGCUAUUGAGGACUUUCUCUUACACAUAGCAAUAUACAGUGCUCUAUUUACCCUCUCAGCAAAGCACAUGUCAUCAUACGUGUCCUGUGCCCAUCCCAUUUGCCUCUUAAACGUCUGGUUAGCGGGGACCCAAAGAUUUCAGUGAGUCAAUGUACAUAACUUUGUAUAUAGCUAUAUUAUUGCAUACGACAACGAUCUGGUGCUAAUGUUCUGCCCUUGGCAUUCUUAGGUGGUGGCUGACUCCCCUCCUCUGUCAUAACUCAGCUCUGGAAUGCUCUAUAUAGCAAGGUUUCAGUCAGGGGCAUUGCCUGUGGCUUUUAUCCUGCCGUCCACUGUGGAAAAUGUGUACAUAUUUCAUGCUUGACACUCACCGCUUACCUCUCAACACAUCAUCCUGCUUGACUUUAACAAAAUAAAUAGUGUCUCUGAGUGAA